AUGAGUAAGCAUGAAGUUUCAUCGAUUCUAACAGACGCCUUUCGAUCGUGUGCCUUAAAACAGUGCAAUAAAUGCAAGAAAGAUUGCGGUUCACGCGAAGCACAAGUACCCGAAAGCAACGAAUUCAUAUCCGCCUUAGCAGCAGGCAUGAGCGCAAAGCUAAUCGUGGAAGUAACUUCAGAGGUGUCUCCAUCCACCGUAGCCUUAGCGGCAGCCGCCAGACAAACCGGAGGAAAACUCAUCUGCAUUCUCCCAGAGCCAGCAAACCUAACCAGUAGCACCAAAUCCCGUAAAAUAAUCGAGGAUUUAGGUCUAGGCGACAUAGUGGAAUUCAAAACAGGGGACCCCGCAGAGACGUUGCUCAAGUACGAGAAUAUCGACUUCUCGUUAGUGGAUUGCAAAGGAGAAGACUACGGAAGAUUGCUCGAGAAGUUGGAUGUGAAUCCGAAAAGAUCGGUUGUGGUGGCCAAUAAUUUGUUGGAGGGUGAAAAGGGGUUGGGGGGCCAUUUGAAGGGGGUGGAAAAGAAGACGAGAGUGAGGUCAAUGAUGCAUCCUAUUGGUCGAGGUAUGGAGAUUACUAUGAUCGGGAAGAGUAAUGAUUUUGGGAGUAGAGAGAAGAGCAAAUCGGGGAGUUAUAGUACGAGAUCGGAGAGACGAGGGGGUGUCGUGAAGAAGACUGAUAAGAGCAGAUGGAUUUUUCAAGUGGACGAAAAAAGUGGGGAGGAACAUAUUUUUAGGAUGCCUAAUUGUUCUGCAAAAGAUUAUUAA